UGAAUUGGUGUAUCGCUUUAAUUGCGAUUGUUACAAAAUGUGUUACAUCGAUUUUUUGGAUCAAGUAUAAAAACUGCGAUCGAUAUGACAAUCGAUAUCAGUGCUUGUUUGGAUUUUAAUCAAUAAACAUCAUUUAAUUAUUUCAUUGAAACGUGAAAUUCACCUAUUAAAAUGAUUGCUAAAAUUUUGAUUGUUGCUUUGUUGUGUGUGGCGUACACUUUGGCCGAGGCACCAUUUAAACGUUAUCGCUACCAACGGUUCCGUCAAGCACCAUCGAGACAAUUCUUUGCAAGACAAGAAGCACCGUAUCCAGAAUCAACCGGAGGUGAACCAGCCGCCGAAUAUGGUCCACCACCAACAACAACUACUCCAGCUCCAACCUAUGGACCACCGCCACCAGCUUAUGGGCCACCAGCAGCUCCAGGAGAUGUUGAACCUGCUGAGGCUCCAGACACAGAAGUCGUUGCCGCACCAUCACGAUUCACACAAUUUGGCGACAAAUUGUCGUUGCCAGCGACUAAAGGACCACAAAAAUUCUCACAACGUUUGGAACUUCAACAACAAGUGAAACAAUUCCCAAGCCAACAACAAGUUGUUAACCCAUUCGUGGCUCCAGUCGGUGCAAAACCAACACAAUUCGAUACUCGAAUUGCACCAACACAAUUCGCCACCCCAGUUGCACCAACACAAUUCGCCACCCCACUUCAAUUCCGUCCAGUUGCCGAACUUCAAGCAACCGUCACUCAACCUGAACUCUACGUGAACACCGUCGUUCAAUCACAAGUCAGCGCUGAUGAAUAG